UCUGCCACCCACCCCAUAUACUUCAUCCGUUGUUCAGGAGAGGAGACGUACCAAUCUUCCAUUCGCCAUGGCCGCCUUCCGCCUCCUCUUCCUCCUGCUUGCCUUCUCCGCCAGCUGCAACAGCAUUGCCGCUGCCAGCGCGAUGUACAAGGCGAGGGCCAGUGUGAUUUUCAGACAUGAUGCUCGCACCAUCGAGGUCAAAUUCGUCCUCCCCGCCAGCAACAGCCCAGUCGCCGCUGGGGACGAGGACCUGCAGCUCCGGCAGGAAGCCAUGGCGCAGGCCAUUACCGUGAUCUCUCGCCACAGGCCAGAGACCAGCGACGCCGAGAAGCUCAAGUGGGCGCUGGGGGUGGUGAACCUCGAGGCCCAGCGGUGGAAGCCCAUCUUCAGAGCCGUCAGCACGGUGCUGGAGAGCGGCGCCGACGACGGCACCAAGGAGGACGCGUUCGCCCAGGCCAAGGAGGAGCUCAACCGCGAGCUCGGCCAGGAAGGUCCCAACGCCCUCAAGAUCGACUUCGGGUAUAUGUGACAUGCAUCGCCAGUUCCCCACCUCUGCCUUAAUUUCUCUAUCGGCCUUAGCGCGCCCAAGAUAUCUGUGGUGUUGUUAGUCAUGUAUAGUGCUCCCGUCCGUGCGCUGCGGCCUGUCGCAGCUGUCGGAGCACCGCCAUUAUUUCCCUUGAGCUUCGUUCUUGACGCCUUUGGCUGCGGAACGUUUGUGAUUGUGCUUGCAUUUCCUUA